CGGAAGUCUCACCGGAAGUGGAGCUGGUGCCGCUCGGACUCCCGCCCCUGCAGCCGUGCCAUCUUGUGUUUAGCAGGAACAAAAAACGGGAGGAGGGACGGGUCCAGACGGAGGAUGGGGUGCGGGUUCUAGGCCCAAUCUAGGCCGGUUCGGUGGGUCAGUAUGUCCGGACGGGAAUCUUUGCAAGGAAACAUCAGCCACACCCCGCGGAGCAGCUGAUGGUACCGUUAGCCUGCCAGCUAACGCGCUAAGCUAUUAGCUCAGGAGCGGCGGAGACCGGAGCUGCGGAACGGACCGUUAGAGACCCGCAGACCCUCCCAGAACCAGCGGCUGGACCGCAGCGACUCCCCAAAACCCAGAAUAACUGGGACGGACAUGAACCAGGAGUUCUGCUGAGGGGAAACCCGCGAUAUGAGGAUCGAGACUGGCUGCUAGCUUUGCUGCUAACCGUUAGUUUUUCGGUCCAGAGAGGAACCUCAAGAAGCUGCGGUGCAGCCAUGCCCUCCAGUGCGCGUGUGGGGAGCCUCAAGGACCCCGAUGUGGCCGAUCUGUUCUGCAGAGACGAUCCGGAGAAGCUCUUCACUGACCUCAGGGAGAUCGGACACGGCAGCUUCGGAGCCGUCUACUUCGCGCGUGACGGACGCAGCAAUGAGGUGGUGGCCAUUAAGAAGAUGUCCUACAGUGGCAAGCAGACCACUGAGAAAUGGCAGGACAUCAUCAAGGAGGUGAAGUUCCUGCAGAAGCUGCGACACCCCAACACCAUCGAGUACCUGGGCUGCUACCUGAAGGAACACACGGCGUGGCUGGUGAUGGAGUACUGCCUUGGCUCGGCCUCUGACCUCCUGGAAGUCCACAAGAAGCCGCUGCAGGAGGUGGAGAUCGCCGCCAUCACCCACGGAGCGCUGCAGGGUCUGGCUUACCUGCACUCUCACAACAUGAUCCACAGGGACGUGAAGGCCGGGAACAUCCUGCUGACAGAACCGGGUCAGGUCAAGCUGGGCGACUUUGGGUCGGCCUCCAUCGUGUCUCCAGCCAACUCCUUCGUCGGAACGCCGUACUGGAUGGCUCCAGAGGUGAUCCUGGCCAUGGACGAGGGUCAGUACGACGGGAAGGUGGACGUCUGGUCGCUCGGCAUCACCGGCAUCGAGCUGGCUGAGAGGAAGCCGCCGCUCUUCAACAUGAACGCCAUGAGCGCCCUGUACCAGAUCGCCCAGAACGAGAGCCCAGUGCUGCAGUCCAACCACUGGUCCGACUCGUUCCGCAGCUUCGUGGACUCGUGUCUGCAGAAGAUCCCUCAAGACCGUCCCACCUCAGACGUCCUGCUGAAUCACCGCUUCCUGAGCCACGAGCGCCCGCUGACGGUCAUCAUGGACCUGAUUGCGCGGACGAAGGACGCCGUGCGGGAGCUGGACAACCUGCAGUACCGCAAGAUGAAGAAGAUCCUGUUCCAGGAGACGCAGCAGAACGGGCCGCCGUCCGAGGGCGGCGACGACGACGAGGAGGCAGAGCCCUACCUGCUGCAGGGCGGCACAGUGAACAGCAUGGAGAGCUCCCAGUCUGUUCCCAGUAUGUCCAUCUCAGCCAGUUCCCAGUCCAGCUCCGUCAACAGCCUGGCGGACGCCUCCGACGACAGCAGCGGCGACAUGGCCAUCCUGCAGGAGGGCGAGAACACCGUCACCUCCAACAGCUCCAUCAUCCACCGUCCCACGGGUCAGGACAACAUCUACGACGACCCGUACCAGCCGGAGCUGGAGCAGCCGCAGGCCCCCUCCGCCGGGCGCCGCCGGGCCUUCUACCGGAACCGGGACCACUUCGCCACCAUCCGGACCGCCUCCCUGGUGACCCGUCAGAUCCAGGAGCACGAGCAGGGCUCGGCGCUGCGGGACCAGAUGUCAGGCUACAAGCGCAUGCGGCAGCUGCACCAGAAGCAGCUGCUGGGCCUGGAGAACAAGCUGAAGGCCGAGAUGGACGAGCACCAGCUGAAACUGGACAAGGAGCUGGACGCCCAGAGGACCGGCUUCUCCGCCGAGCUCGACAAGCUGGCCCGCAAGAACCAGGCCGUCCUGGAGAAAGAGGUCAAAGCCGCUCUGGCCGAGGAGAAGAAGUUCCAGCAGCAGAUCCUGGGCCAACAGAAGAAGGAGCUCAACUGUCUGCUGGACUCCCAGAAGCGCCAAUACCGCCACCGCAAGGAGCUGCUGAAGGAGGAGCUGAGUGAGAACCAGUCGACCCCCAAGAGGGAGAAGCAGGAGUGGCUGAUCCAGCAGAAGGAGGUGAUGCAGCAGCUGAUGGCGGAGGAGGAGGCCGGCCUGCUGCGGCGCCAGAGGCAGUACUACGACCUGCAGUGCCGCCAGUACAAGAGGAAGAUGCUGCUGGCCCGCCACAACCUGGAGCAGGACCUGCUGCGAGAGGAGCUGAACAAGAAGCAGAUCCAGAAGGACCUGGAGUGCGCCAUGCUGCUGCGGCACCACGAGUCCACCCAGGAGCUGGAGUUCCGGCAGCUCGGUUCGGUCCAGAGAACCCGGGCUGAGCUGAUCCGGACCCAGCACCAGACCGAGCUCACCAACCAGAUGGAGUACAACAAGCGGCGCGAGGACGAACUGCGGCAGAAACACGCCGUGGAGGUCCGGCAGCAGCCCAAGAGCCUCAAGUCCAAAGAGGUCCAGAUCAAGAGGCAGUUCCAGGAGACCUGCAAGAUCCAGACGCGGCAGUACAAGGCGCUCCGGAACCACCUGCUGGAGACCACGCCCCGGUCCGAACACAAGCUGGUUCUGAAGCGGCUGAAGGACGAGCAGACCCGGAAGCUGGCCAUCCUGGCCGAGCAGUACGACCACUCGGUCAACGACAUGCUGUCCACGCAGGCCGUCAGCAAGCUGCGGCUGGACGAGACGCAGGAGGCGGAGCAGCAGGCGCUGCGGCUGCAGCUGCAGCAGGAGCUGGAGCUGCUCAACGCCUACCAGAGCAAGAUCAAGAUCCACACGGACGGGACGCACGACCGCGAGGCGCAGGAGCUGGAGGCGCGGGUGGCGCUGCGCCGCGCGCUGCUGGAGCAGAGGAUCGAGGAAGAGAUGGUGGCGCUGCAGGCGGAGCGGUCGGAGCGGAUCCGGACGCUGCUGGAGCGCCAGGCCCGGGAGGUGGAGGCGUUCGACUCGGAGAGCCUGCGGCUGGGCUUCAGCGGCAUGGCGCUGGGCGCCGCCGACGGUUACCCGCCGCCCGGCCCGGCCGCCAGCGGCUGGCCGGCCCGGCCCGGCUCGCGUUCCGGCGGCCACUGGAGCCACGGCCUCCAGAGCUCGCCGGCCGGCCCGGCCUGGCGCGGCCAGAACCACGGCGCCGGCUUCGGGCGGGCCGAGCCAAGAGCCCGCGUCCCCUCUCACCACCAGCAGCAGCUGUACCAGCACCACCAGAGCACGCCGCAGCUGUACCGCGACGAGCGCGACGGUCGGGAGCGCCAGGCCCGGGAGUGGCCCUCCGGCGGCGGCCACUACUCCCAUCAUGCCCGGGGUCUCCAGCAGCUCUCCUACCACGCCUCCUCCCAGUCGCUGGCCAUGCUGCCUCCCACCGUGCCUCCCCCCAUUUCCUUCUCCUGCUCCUCCCCCGCCUCCUCCUCGUCCUCGCAGGGCGGCUACGGCGGCGGCCUGGGCGUCCGCGACACCGGCCUGGCCCUCAGGAACAGCCCUCAGCCGCUGAGGCGCACAGCGUCCGGAGGCCCUGGCGGUGGCGGCGACGGGGGGCUCAGCCGGAGCACCUCCGUCACCUCCCACAUCUCCAACGGCUCCAACCUGUCCUUCUCCUGAGACGUCCGCCCGUGGCCUUCCCAGGAGCCACCGGGCGGCGCCGCAGAGGGGCCACGAGGCACUCAGCAGCUCCUGGGAGUCAACUGCUGU